AUGAGCUCGCGUGAACCCAGGUCGACUCGCCCCAAACUCACUAAAACCUCAUCUUCUCACUCCCUUCCACCCACCGACAUCCCAUCCACCAGACUUCAAGCCACCGAAGUGUCGCCUGACAAGUUUCUCACUACCUCCCGAACAGGCAUGCCAUUCCAUGAAACAGCGCCCACCCCUCAAUGUACAAAUCCUCUCCGCGAUGCUGAUUCUGACCCUAGCUCUGUCUCGGCGCAUUUUACCACGACUGCCACCACAGGCUCAACGAUUUCGUCUGAGCUCCAUUCACGCGAUCUCGAUAACUCCUCCUACCGCGUUCAUUUCGACGACAUUUCUGUUCCACUAGAUGCGAGAAUCCUCACUGCUCCGUCGUUCCAAUAG